UGCCGCUUCGCCCAAGCUUGUGCCACCGUGCACAGCUUCACCACCGCCGUGGUGCAGCGCCGGCGCCGAGCCCUUGACCACCAUGCCUGGCUGGAGAGCCACCAUGGACGGAGCAUGGACUUCAUUGACCUUCUCCUGCUCGCCAAGGAUGAGGACAGCAACACCCUGUCGGAUGAGGACAUCUCAGCCAAGGCUGACACCUUCAUGUUCGAGGGCCGCGACACGACGGCCAGCGGCUUGGCAUGGCUGCUCUACAACCUGACCUGCCACCCCCACUACCAAGAACAGUGCCAGCAGGAGGUCCGUGAGCUCCUCAAGGGCAGGGAUGAGGAGGAGAUUGAAUGGGAGGACCUGUCCCACCUGCCCUUCACCACCAUGUGCAUCAAGGAGAGCCUCUGCCUGCACCCCCCUGUCACCGCCGUGUCCCGGUGCUGCACCGAGGACGUUGCCCUGCGUGAUGGACGCGUCAUCCCCAAGGGGAUCAUCUGCCUGAUGAGCAUCUACGGGACCCACCACAACCCGGACGUCUGGCCUGAGCCCCAGGUCUACAACCCGCUGAGGUUCAACAGCCAGGGACGGUCCCCAUUGGCCUUCGUCUCCUUCUCCGCCGGUCCCAGGAACUGCAUCGGGCAGAGCUUCGCCAUGGCUGAGCUGAAGGUGGUGGCAGCAUUGACGGUGGCACGCUUCAGCAUCCGGCUGGACACAGGGCGGCCACCGCGCCGCAAGCCCGAGCUCAUUCUCCGUGCGGAGGACGGGCUCUGGCUGCUGCUGGAGCCACUGCCCGGGGUGGCCUGA